CUUAUAAAAAGAAGCCAUCCAAAGAACUUGGCAAAUGCGUUUCUUGGUGGAGGGCAUAUAACAUUCGGCUUUGCCGAACUUUAAGUUCGUUUAUUUUAUUGUUGUUUUGCUAAGCUGGCCAUUUCGGAAGCACCUUCGCACAUUCAUCGUUGGACUUGUAUAUUUAGUUUGAAUAUUUGGAUGAUAGCAUUGCACUGUCAACAGGGUAGUCAAAAAAAAACCAAGACUGUAUUUUUAAAAAGCCUUAGAUGACUAAAGAAUGCUUAAUUAUUGACAAAAAAAUAUUUAAAACUCAGAAUUAUCAGCACCGUCAAAAGCCAAGAAUGUCAAAUAAUAACCGAUUAACUUUGGGUCGUCGUAGAAAUGAGAUUUUCGUUUUAAAAAUUCAUUUGUACAAAGACUUUUCAAAUUGGUAUAUGGAAUAGUUGUUUAUAAACCUGUCAACAUUUCACUUCAUUUCUUAAAAGAAUAAAAAAGUGUAAACAUGAAAUUCAUGGUAAUUUUAUUAGCCAUUUUUGCCUGUGUCUCUGCUGAUGACUGGACACCGAAAAAGAGCAGAGAAAUCAGAGAAAUUCGUCAGGCAUGUAUGGAGACUAUUUCACUCACCGAAUCGCAAAAGAAGAAAAUUGAAAAUUUUGAUUUUCCUAACGAUGAAGCAGUGCGGAAAUAUAUCGUUUGCACUUUAGAGAAAAUGGAGAUCUGCUGCACCAGCCACGGAUUCCAUGUAAAUCGUCUUAUUAAGCAAACUAAUAAGGACUUGGGUUCAGAGCAAGGCAAAGACGUUGUCGAAGAAUGUUUGAGAAAUAACCCCAAAGGCGAUAAUGAAAUUGAAAUAUAUGCACACGAUGUUUACACUUGUCUUGUCGAUGAAGUCACCAAAAUCAUAGAAUCGUAAAGAAUAAUAUUGAAAGUUUUAAGAAAUUAUUGAAAAUAAAUAUGAAGGGAAUUUAUUCAAAGGA